CACGCGAUACCAUACAGAUAAGUCAUAUUUAGUAUGGAGCGUUCUUCCAACUCCGCGGAGGAAAAUGCCGGUGAGAAUAUAAACGUAAGCACUGACGAACCAAUGAAUGCAACUGAUGUUGCUCAACAACCGACUCCUAAUACUUCUUACGGAGCCAACUCGAAGAGGACGCGACAAGUAGAUGAGGAAGAAAUUUGGCAUGAAGUAACCAGAUCGCGUAAGCGUUAUGCCCGUACUAAUAAUGGAGACGGAAGAAUUCCUGAAGAGAAAAUCGAGAUUAGCGUCACAUCUAAAGAGCCGUUACCCAAGCAAUUCGCUUUUGCUCAUCUAUUAACAACCUACAAGAUUCCAAAUAUCCUCAGAGUGCGAUAUCUUAAUGCCUAUAAAUUACAUAUCCAAUUUCAGACGGAAGAAGAUCUGCAAAAAUUAUUAGAAUGCGAAAAUAUUAGAAAUCGUGGUUGGAAUUUUCAAAGAACUUUAGAAGUCGGAGUAUCGUACGCCAUACUUAGAAACGUAGAAUUGGACUUAACAGAAAGCGAUAUUUUAGACAGCAUCACAAGCACUGCAGAACUUAUAGCAGUUAAGCGGCUCAAUCGGAGAGGUGACGAUGGUUUAGGAUGGGUGGUAAGUGAAACCGUACGUCUAUGUUUCAAAGGUUCAUCUGUUCCUGCUUACGUCUAUGUACACGGAGUGCGAACUAGAAUAGAUACCUACACUUUCCCAGUGACUCAAUGUACAAACUGCUGGAAAUAUGGUCACCCCAAGAAAGUCUGCCCUAAAAAGAAGAGAGUUUGUCCUAAGUGUACUGAGAACCAUGAAAAUUGCGAAGCCACCAAAUUUUAUUGUGUGAACUGUAAAGGUAACCACAUGUCCUUGAAUAAAGAAUGCCCUAUAUAUGCCAAAGAAAAAAGAAUCAGGGAAAUCAUGGCAGAAUUUAACUGCACGUACAAAAGAGCCCUAACUAUAUAUGUCCCGCCUUCCCCACCUCCCGAAGAACACUAUUCUGAGCAUACCACUCAAGAAGAAAAGGACAUUCCCAUGCAAGAAAAUGCGGACACUGUACCUCCAAGAAUGUCACGCUCUUACGCAUCUGCAGCUGCUUCUCAUCCAACUGGUAGUGGUAAAAAUAAAUCCGGAAGCAAGGAUGGACCGAAGAAAUCUAGUAAUAAAAAGCAGAAGCAGAAAGAUGAUGAUAUUAAUUGGGACGAAGAGAUGAACUACGGAUCAGAAGCAGAAUCAGCAGAAGAAAAUACAUCAAUGAAUAUGAAUUAUAAAAGAUCUACACGAAAAGAAACCGAACAUUUCACAAUCUACGAACUAUUAAAGAGACUAAAGAAUAUCAUUCUAAAUACAAAUAAUACAACUUUUGAGAAAAUUACCGAAAUUACCAUGAUUAUUUUUAAAUGGAUAACCAACAUGUUUAGAAGCUAUAUUCCUGAUAUGAAUUUUAUAAAAAAUAUAUUUAAUAGUUUAUGGACCAGAGACCAAUAAAACAGAAGGUUAAUAUUAUCCAAUGGAAUUGUCAAAGCUUAAAAAACAAGGCAAUAACGUUAGAACAGUUGUUAACACUAGAAAAAGUACAUAUAGCGGCAUUAAAUGAAACAUGGCUGGAUCCUAAUUCAGACUUAAGAUUUAACGGGUACAACGUAUUUCGAAGAGAUAGAGAUGAUGGAUAUGGAGGAGUAGCGGUGAUCACUCAUCGUUCUAUUAAAGCCGUAGUUCAAGAGACGACGAAUCGCAAUCCCGGUAUCGAACUAAUUCACGUCAAAAUACUAAAUUCUGAAUAUUUGGAUAGCAUAGUUUCGAUCUAUUGUCCUCCCUCCGUCACUACUGAUCAACAAGAUUGGGAUGAGCUUUUUUCUAUGUUCACCAAAAAAACAUUGUUACUAGGAGAUUUCAAUGGCCAUCAUUGCAGUUGGUCUUACAAGACAGAUCCCAGAGGUAACCAAAUCUUUGACUCUUUACUGAACUCCAAUUUUGUUAUAUUAAAUGAUGGCCGGCCCACUCGGAUUAAGUCAGUCAACGGUACACUCCAGCAGUCAUCACCCGACAUUACCAUUGUGUCUUCUGACGUGGCAAUUGAUUAUGAUUGGACCACUUUAAAUGAAACGUUAGGGAGCGACCAUUUUAUAAUAAAGAUAUCGACUAGUGCAAAUCACCAAACGUCGUUUAUCAGAAAAAGGAAUUUGAAGAAAGCUGAUUGGGAUUCAUACCAUAAAACUCUAGAAGAAAAAUUUUCGAGCUAUACACUGUCUGAGGAUCUACAAGAGUCAUACAAUGCAUUUGUUGGUGAGUUAAAUAAAGCCGCAGAUGAGUUUAUCCCUUUUAUCAAAAUCAGCCAAGACCCGUGCUCCAAAUUUAUACCGAGACCUUAUUGGAAUACCAGAUUAUCGAAGGCUGUAGCUGAACGUCGCUUGGCACUAGGAGUCUUCAGACGCAAUCCCACUCCGGACAAUUUGUCUAUUCUUCAAGGAAAAAUAAGUGAAGCGCAAAGAGUUAGCCGAAUUGCUAAAAGUGAAGGAUGGCAAAAGUUUUGUUCAUCGUUAAAUGAAGUUACGUCUACUAGUGAAAUGUGGAUGCGUAUGAAAUGGAUGAAGGGGCGCAAAGCUGAAAAACUGCAUGUGGAUAAAAAUCGCUCAUAUAAUUUAUUACGUGAUUUAUGUCCAGAUUAUGUAAUCGCUAAACAGCCAGAAUUCAACUCUUGUAAUUCACAGUUAGAAUCGCCAAUAUCUUUACAUGAGAUGGAGCAGUGUAUAAAGCUUUCUGAUACGGCACCAGGAUGUGAUGACAUAUCGUUCUCCAUGAUCAAAAAAAUGCCUAAAAAUGGUAAGAACCUUUUAGUUUCUCUAUACAAUUCAUUUCUAGCGAAGGGUUUUGUUCCUAUCCAGUGGAGAGACAUCCGCAUCUGCCCGAUCCCUAAACCUGGUCGUGUUCCUAACUCUUCUCCGUCCCUCCGACCUAUUGCCCUCAUAUCAUGUCUAUGCAAAAUCUUUCAUUCAAUUAUAAACAAGCGCCUGGAAUGGUAUUUGGAAAAGAAUGAUAUGUUGUCACAAAAUAUGAUAGGCUUCAGGAAGUGUCGAUCUUGUUUAGACGGACUGUCACAUUUGGUAACGAAAAUUCAAACAGGUUUCUCUAAUGGUCUUGUCACACUAGGUUGUUUUAUUGAUAUCAACAAUGCCUACAACAACAUCGACAUUAAUGCCCUAUUGUCUAUUUUAGAUAACCUCG